UUUAAUAAUAACUAGCCCAAAAAUGAAGUUGAUACUGAGGGUUUGUAUUCAAAUGUGCUUAAUCGCAUUGGUAUUUUCAGAUGCCAAACGACCCGAACAUCCGCAAAAAUGUGGUGAUGAGUAUGAUGAUGAAUGUCCACCUGGAUACAUUUGCGAUUAUAAUGUGUACGUCAAGGUCAAACCAUCUACUACGACUACUACAAAGAAGCCAACCCCGCCUAAACCAAGCAAAAUAA